CACCAUCAACGUUCCCAUUAUCUACCUUGGGAUGCAAGUUGGAAAUUCAAGUUAAUUACCAAAAAUGCCAUGGGCUCGGUUUUCGAAGCUGCCAAGAGCAAACAUUCUUCGGACAAGGAACUCAGCUUCGUGUCCGAAACAAAUGGUUUGGGUUCAGUUCUAGUCAACUGUGGGACCUACGAUGAAAACUUCGUAUUAUAGAUUUGGGUUUGUCCGAAGCAGAGGUUUCGUAGCCAAACCUCUUAUACCGGUUCGGAGGUUCCAAAGCAACGUCUUCCCGCUCAGUCUCUCGCUCUCUCUCUCUUGGGUUCACUUAACUUAGCCUGGUGUAGAAAAGGCUAAGGAAGAGAAGAGACAGCUUAAAAGCUUCGCUGAUACUCUCUUCUAUUUUGUGUUCUUCUUCCUCUUCCGCCUUUCUUUUGUUCAUGUUCAUGGCGAGGAGCUGGCUCGUUGAUAGUAGAACAUUUGCAAAGAAAGUGAAAAAUGCCUCCAGCUGGUCUUCUUCCAUUCAUAUCACUGACUGUGGAGCAAAUCGUGAAUGUCCUAACUGCCAUCAUCGUAUUGAUAAUAGUGAUGUUUUUCCUCAGUGGCCUGGCCUUCCAGCUGGAGUGAAGUUUGAUCCGUCUGAUGCAGAGCUUUUAGAGCAUUUGGCAGCUAAGUGUGGUGUUGGAGACUCAAAAGCACACCCCUUUAUUGAUGAGUUUAUCACGACGCUUGAGGAGGAUCAGGGAAUUUGCUACACUCAUCCUGAAAAUCUCCCAGGUGCAAAGAAGGAUGGAAGUAGUAUCCAUUUCUUUCAUCGAACAAUUAAAGCUUAUGCUACUGGUCAGCGAAAGCGCCGCAAAAUCCAGCAUCAACAUAACACAAAUGAGGAGCAUGUUCGCUGGCAUAAGACAGGAAAGACCAAACCUGUCACAGAAAAUGGAGUUCACAAGGGCUGGAAGAAGAUCAUGGUUCUCUAUAAAAGUUCGAAGAGAGGGUGCAAACCUGAAAAGUCAAAUUGGGUGAUGCAUCAGUACCAUCUAGGGGCUGAAGAAGAAGAGCAUGAUGGGGAAUUUGUGGUUUCUAAAAUUUCCUAUCAACAGCAGAAACAAACUGAUAAGACUGAUGAAAGACCAAUGAUUGAAGAACCAGAUAACUUAAUGAUUCGCACCAGUCCAAGGACCCCUAAAACAAUUACUCCUAAUCCACCUCGGUAUGCUGUCGGAGGAUCCCCUCUACCUAUGCAUGCUGUUCAAUGUGAUGAUAAUUUUGACCAUCCAGUAUGGUUGGCCGGGGAAUCUCAGGCUGCUGAAAAUUCUGACUUGAAUUGCUUGGAUGAUACUUUGCUAUGCAAUGAGCUUUUGGAUUCAUCUUCCUUUCCAAAGAAUUCAUUCAAGAAUCAAGUCUCAUACUCACAUACUGCCUGUUCUCACAGCACAAUUGAGAUGACAGGAAAUAAUGAUAUGUCUUAUGGAAUUUCUGAGCUCGAGAACUUGGAGUUCGAUACACCACCUGAUGUACCAUUAGCUGAUCUACAAUUUGGCUCUCAGGAAAGCAUUCGUUCGUGGUUGGACCGGUUAUGAAGAAUUAAUAUGAUGCAGAAGUUCCCCAAGGACAAAAGUCCAAGUUUUGAGCUCAUCAAUUGUGUAACUGAAGCUGUUUCGGGGCCAUAGAGAGUUUGUUCUUUUUCGGUUUUUUUUUUCAAGGUUGUUUCAGGCUGUUGAAGUUGUUCAUCCCACUGCUGCCAGACUGCUCCUAGGAUCAGUUAUGACACGAAAGCUUUUGUUGUACGUUAAACUGGCCGGUUGCUGAAUAAGAGCUGCUGCUUGAGAAAAACUUCGAGGCCAUGUUAUCAAAAAAUGUAUCUGUUGCUUCUAAGGAACCAACAUAAUGUCUUUUGCAAUAACAUUGGGUACAUGUAAGAAACACAAAUAUUUGGUAUUGCAUUGCAACUAAAUCUUGUAUCUAUGACAUUAUUACUAUCUGUGAUACAUGUACGAUUUGAACUCUUUUCUGUGUGGAUGUUAAGUUCCAUUCACAAUGUUCUUUGUUUUCUUCUUUCUUUUUCCAAAUUCUCCUUUUAGAUUAAGAACA